AUCCAAAGUUUUUGUAGCAAAGUUAUAUUUUUUAUCAAAAAUUAAAUAAACCACAAAAUACGAAACUUUUUAUAUAACAAUAUUCACAUUUUUAUGUGGUCACACAUUUUGAUGACUCCCCGUACGUCCAGUGGCUCAAAACUGCCUUCCUAACUGGUUAGUUCAUAAAAAUUGUAAUUUGUUAAAAAGGAAAUUCAGUUCGAUAUUUAAUUUAAUUCAGUUUGCACCUGUUUUGUGCCGUGUUGCAUUCAGGAUACAUUUUAGUGGUCAAAAGAAGUUUUAGGAAAAUUAAAGGAAAAUGUCUUCGGCGCAAGGCGUCAAAGGUUUUUACACUGGCAAGAACAUAUUUCUCACUGGUGGCACGGGAUUUUUGGGGGUGUGCCUUUUGGAGAAAAUCCUCCGCAACCUUCCGGAAUGCGGAAGCAUCUACGUUCUGAUGAGGCCCAAAAAGGGGAAGGAAAUCAGCGAAAGGCUGGAGGAAAUUAAGAAAAAUAAAAUAUUUGAGCCUUUGUUGAAGGAAAGGAGUGCAGAAUCGAUAUUCGCCAACGUGAAAGCAAUCGCUGGAGACGUAGGUCAAGAAGGCCUCGGUCUUUCCCCGGCCGACCGCAAGCUGCUGAUUGACAACGUAAACGUCAUAUUCCAUUCGGCGGCUACCCUUGACUUCGGGGAACCCCUGAAAUCCACGGUGCAUAUAAACUUACUGGGAACCAGAGCCAUCGCCGAACUGGCAAAAGAAUGCAAGAAACUCAACGUCUUAGUGCACGUCAGCAGUGCCUAUGUUAACUCGUGGAGACUAGAAGCGGAUGAGAUAAUCUACCCCCUCAACUACGAUGCGGAAAAGUUGAUCAAACAAGCCAAGGAGCUCUCUGAAGAAGAGUUGGAUUCUCAAACGCCAGCCAUACUCGGUGAUCACCCAAAUACUUACACCAUCACCAAACACAUGGCUGAGCAUGAAGUCCAAAAAGUGGAGACCACGGUGCCUUGCGCUAUCGUCAGGCCCAGUAUGAUUUUGGGGUGUUGGAAGGACCCAAUUCCAGGCUGGACCAUGAGCAAGAACGGUCCUCCAGGUUUUUUCAUGGGAGCCGCUAAAGGUGUGGUGCGUAGACUUCCCGUGGGUAAAGAUUUGGUCUACGACUACGUGCCAGUGGACAUCGUCGUCAAUACUCUACUGACUGCUGGGUUUCACGCAGGCGUUUCAAACUCCAAAAAGGUGGAGGUUUACCACGCGACCUCCAGCACGCGCAAUCCGUUUUGCUGGGCUUCUGUCGAAGACAGAAUCAACGGUUUGUUACACGACUACCCGGUCAAGUCAGCCGUGUGGUACCCCCACCUUAAGCUGCUGCCAUCUAUAAUGUGGUUCAAGAUAUCCGCCAUCUUUGUCCACAUUCUGCCGGCUCUAAUUCUGGACCAAGUCUUGAGUCUCACAGGUGGAAGACCCAUCUUGAUGAGACUGCACAGGAACAUCAACACUUCCCUAGACAGGUUGGAGAAGUUCAUUUUCACCGAAUGGAAGUUCCCAGCACCGAACACGGAGAAACUUCAGAAAUGGCUGACGGAAAAAGACCAGGCCGACUUUAACACCGAUUUGUCGGCGUUGAAGUGGCCCGAUUUUUUCGUCGGCAUGGUGAUCGGCAGCAGAAUCUAUCUCAACAACGAGCCCAUGAAAACACUGGCGGCUGCCAAGUCCCACGACAGAAUAUUAUAUAUUGCCCAUUUGUUCGUGCAAGCCUUGAUUUACUCUUUAAUCUGGUUUAUCGUAGCGUGCGUUUUUGGACUUACAAUGACCAAGGCCGCCUAUGUUUUACCGGUAAUCUACGCACUCUUUUCGUUAUUGUAAGUGUUCGUUAUCCGUUAAAUUUUAUAUAGAGGUAAUUUUUUUAUUGUUGUGUAAUGCGCUAGUAUUAUUUGUGUAUUUUUUUACAAGGAAUAAAGGAGUUAU